AUGGAUAAAGGGACCCCACAACGGCUGCAAUGCGCCACUCGCUGCUUGCUCUCUUGCAAGACGAACGCCCACAGCGCGUCGCCGAUUUUGACGUUUUCCGGACCCCCGGGCUCUCUUCGAUCUUCUCCACGAAAAUAAUCACUCCCACCAGCCAACAUGUGUGACGAUGACGUAGCGGCACUAGUCGUGGACAAUGGCUCCGGUAUGUGCAAAGCCGGAUUCGCUGGAGAUGAUGCUCCACGAGCGGUGUUCCCCAGCAUCGUUGGGCGCCCCCGCCAUCAGGGCGUCAUGGUGGGUAUGGGUCAAAAGGACUCAUACGUAGGAGACGAGGCCCAGAGCAAGAGAGGUAUCCUGACCCUGAAGUACCCCAUCGAGCACGGCAUCAUCACCAACUGGGACGACAUGGAGAAAAUUUGGCACCACACCUUCUACAACGAACUGCGAGUCGCCCCCGAGGAGCACCCCGUCCUCCUGACCGAGGCCCCCCUGAAUCCCAAGGCUAACCGCGAAAAGAUGACCCAGAUCAUGUUCGAGACCUUCAACAGCCCCGCGAUGUACGUCGCCAUCCAGGCCGUGCUCUCCCUGUACGCCUCCGGUCGUACCACCGGUAUCGUCCUGGACUCCGGAGACGGUGUCUCGCACACCGUGCCCAUCUAUGAGGGUUACGCCCUGCCCCAUGCCAUCCUCCGUCUGGACUUGGCCGGUCGCGAUCUCACCGACUACCUCAUGAAGAUCCUCACCGAGCGCGGCUACUCCUUCACCACCACGGCCGAGCGAGAAAUCGUUCGCGACAUCAAGGAGAAGCUCUGCUACGUCGCCCUGGACUUCGAGCAGGAGAUGGCCACCGCGGCCGCCAGCACCUCCCUCGAGAAGAGCUACGAGCUUCCCGAUGGCCAGGUCAUCACCAUCGGCAACGAGAGGUUCCGCUGCCCCGAGGCCCUCUUCCAGCCUUCCUUCCUGGGAAUGGAAUCCUGCGGCAUCCACGAGACCGUCUACAACUCCAUCAUGAAGUGCGACGUCGACAUCCGCAAGGACCUCUACGCCAACACCGUCCUUUCCGGUGGUACCACCAUGUACCCGGGUAUCGCCGACCGCAUGCAGAAGGAGAUCACCGCCCUCGCGCCCUCGACCAUCAAGAUCAAGAUCAUCGCUCCCCCCGAGAGGAAGUACUCCGUCUGGAUCGGAGGAUCCAUCCUGGCGUCGCUGUCCACCUUCCAGCAGAUGUGGAUCUCCAAGCAGGAGUACGACGAAUCCGGCCCCGGAAUCGUCCACCGCAAAUGCUUCUAGGCCGCUCGUCCCGCACCCUCCGAUUACCUGUAUGAUCUUCCCGAGGACCCGGCUUGCGCGUUUUCCGUCGAUCGAGAGAGAGAACGCCCGAUAUGAACAAAGGAAAAAAGAGAUACUACUACUCGAGUGCCUUUAUUGUACACAUUUAUC